AUGUCAUUUACUACUACAUUUGCUGUCCCUUUGGAAUGUGAGUCCUGCUGUGAUUCCGUCAAGCAGGCACUUGCAAACGUCCAGGGCAUCGAGUCCGUUGACUGCAAGCUCGUGGAUCAGCUUAUCAGUGUCACUGGAACUUCUGCUCCGUCCCAGAUUGUAAAGGCCGUCCAAAACAUCGGCAAGGACGCCAUUGUUCGAGGCACUGGACAGCCCAACUCGGCAGCCGUCUGCAUUCUCGAAAGCCACGCCCCCGAAGACCAGGCCCAACCUAUAAAGGGCCUUGCCCGAAUCGUCAGUGUCUCCAAGACCCUUGCGCUCAUCGAUAUCACCCUCAACGGUCUUCCCAAGGGCACAUACUACCCCAGCAUCCGUACCAGUGGAGACAUCUCUGAUGCGCCUCAGAGUCUAGGAGGCGUAUACCAGGCGCUGGGCAGCGUGGAGGUGAACGAGUCUGACAGUGCAUCUGGACUCUUUUCCGGCCAAGCAUUUGUCAAGUCCGAGACCCAGAUCUCCAGUCUUAUUGGCCGGGGCAUGGCUGUUUCUACAAGCCCAGACGUUGUCAAGCCUCACGCUCUGGUGGGUGUGAUUGCACGAAGCGCUGGCGUGUGGGAGAAUGAUAAGACUGUGUGUUCCUGCAGCGGAAAGACAGUUUGGGAGGAGCGAAAGGACGUCCAGAGUAAGGGACUCGAGGGCCAGCUCUAA